GUCUCCUGUUCAAUGCGGUGAUCUUUCAGUUCCAGACUUAAGGCAACAUUCUGGAGACCAAAACAUCAACAUUGUUGUUGCAGGCGUGCUGGAUGUGGCAGGAUUUUAUGUCGUAUUGUUGGUCGAUGUCUGCUGGAUGCCGCACGCCGUACGGAUGGCAGACAACAACGGUUCAUGUUAAAUUGUGAUGGCAUUGGACGUAACGUAAAUUUUAUGUUAAAUUGUGAUAGCAUGGGGUGCAAAGUUUUUAAAUUGUGAUAGCAUGGGGCGCAAAGUUUUAAAUUGUGAUAGCAUGGGGCGCAAAGUUUUUAAUUGUGAUAGCAUGGGGCGCAAAGUUUUUAAUUGUGAUAGCAUGGGGCGCAAAGUUUUUAAUUGUGAUAGCAUGGGGCGCAAAGUUUUUAAUUGUGAUAGCAUGGGGCGCAAAGUUUUUAAAAUGUGACUUAAGUUUAUUUAAUCGGGACGUAAGGUUUAUUUAAUUGUGAUAGGUUAUGACGUAAAGUUUAUUUAAUUGUGACAUAAAUUUAUUGUGAUAGGCUGUUACGUAAGUUUAUUAAAUUGUCACGUAAAGUUAAUUGAAUUGUGAAAUAAAGUUUAUUACAUUGUGACGUAAAGUUUCUCAAAUUGUGAUAGGAUGUGACGUAAAGUUAAUUGUUCAAAUGCUGUGAUAUAGAACGCAAUGACAUUCACGGCGGUGUUAAUAUGACGGCAUUGACCUCUAGCUCUAGCUCAGUCGCCAUGAUUUAAUGUCGUGAAGUUACCGGCCUUGCCCAGAGUUUUGUUUCCUGACGAUCAUCUGUCUCCAAAGAUAACUUCGUUUAUUAUUUGAUGCUAUUUUGUGAGAUAAGUGGAUAUCAGUGGAGAACUUAGAAUUUUGGCCGCCCCUAAUAACGACAACCACAAAGCAUACAUAAAACAAAUAGAAUCAAAGCUAUAUAAAGUAUAUUAUGGAGUAGACUGAAAAGACCACCCCCCAAAAAAAUAAGCGCAUCUUCCUAUUCCCGUGCACACCAUCAACCUUUUUAGGAAAAGAUGAGAUAAGAUUCUUUUAUUGACACAAAUAAAUGUUUAUUUUUUUAUUACACCGUACGUAUUCAUUUUCAGCACAUAAAUAAACACCUAUUUUAACCUAGAAAUUAUUUUAUAAUUAUAAUAAUUAAAAGACAAAACAAGUUAAGUAUUUCUCUAGCUUUGAAAUCAGCCAUAACUGAACUCCUUUAGUGACAAUAAUGACGUAAUUAGGUUAUCAUUUAGAUUAGGUAACCACGGGAAAGGAGGGAGGCACGCUGCUAAAAUCGUUUAAAAAGAAGAGUUGGACCAAUGAAUAUUGUAGCGAUUUUCGUCUCGUUCUGCCUUUGUUCUCUAUUUCGUUGUGGUGAUGAUAACACUUGCUUACUGUCACUCUAUUUCGUUGUGUGGAUGAUACCCCUUGCUUACUGUCACUCUAUUUCGUUGUGUGGAUGAUACCCCUUGCUUACUGUCACUCGUAAUUCAACAUACAAGUCACUCAAAAUUCGAUGACGAUGGUUGCAGUCUUUGACCUUUUAUUUAUCUUCUACAUCGAAUUCACUCUCCCUCUAUCUCUCUUGCUCUCUCUCUCUCCCUCCCUCCCUCUCUCUCUCUCUCUCUCUCUCUCUCUCUCUCUCUCUCUCUCUCUCUCUCUCUCUCUCCCCUCUCCCUCUCCCUCUGUUCCUCUCUCUACUCUCUCCCUCCACGCCGCUCUCCCUCUCUUAUCUCUCUCUCUCUCUCUCUCUCCCUCCCUCCCUCUCUCUCUCUCUCUCUCUCUCUCUCUCUCUCUCUCUCUCUCUCUCUCUCUCUCUCGCACUCAGCUCCGACUGUACCGGUUCGUCUCUCUCUUUCGUUAUGGGUUUCGCUCGUCUGUCCUCUACUCCUGUCCGGCGGAGUUGUCCCUCCCGACUGUCCACUUUCCUGUCCGGCUGAGUUUUACCUAGUCCCGUCUAACGGUCCCCUUUUUGUAAGUCCUCGGAUUCGGUCGUCGCGUCUCUAGAGAUUCCUUCCUCGGGCUAUCCUAUUUGGACAUCUUUGUACUUAAAAUAUUUCCACUGCCCCCUUCUGUUUCAAUGGACAUCAACCAGCCACGACUAGUCACACAGGACUUUGUAUCUCUAUUUCUACAUCUCAAGUACUAACAAUUUUUUCCCUCCGUCUUAAUGGUCAUCAACUAGCCGUAACGGUCGAUGUUAUGUAGCACAAUUUCUUGUGCGUGAACUUUCCUCGACCUCACAGGACACUCCUAGCAGACACUAACGUCUGUUGUGGGCGUGGCUAAAUCUCUUUGAAGUAUCUUGUUUACAAUCGGCUUCCAAAUACGCAUUGGGUAUAAUGUCUCCAGGUACCUUCUGGAAUGUACUCCUUAACCCGAGAUAUGUAAACAACACGUCAUAAGCCCUUCUGGAAGCGUCUUACUCUACAUGUAUAUAAAGGAUUGACAGAUACGAAGGGAGGGAGAUUUCAGAUAGAUUUUCUUAACAUUACGUGGCGUGUUUUAUUCUUUGUGUAUUUGUGUGCUCAUAUAUGUUUAUUUCGCAUUAUUUAUUGGCACAUUAUUCUAACUGUGUUAACUGUGUACCGGUACAAGAUCUACCAUACUGUAAGUUGAAGAUUGUAAUUAUAUUUUUCUUUUGUAAUUAUCUUAAGACAUAAUAAAUCUUAUUAAUUGUAACUAGAAACUGUUUUGGGUCGUAUCCUUAAUAUUGUUGAUUCUAUGGUAUCGUCCUUUGUUAUGCACUGCUUACAACGAGCCAAUUAAAAUUAAAAUAGGAGAUUAAUUUCUCCCAAUACAAGUCAGUGCAUAACAGUCGACCCGGUGCAAUCUGACACCCUGCGACAGUUGUGGACGGCGCCUGUCUGUCCUACCCAAGUUCCCCCACCCUCGGUUUGCCUGGACACAGAGGCGUAGCGAGGGUGUUUGGCGCCCGGGGACAAGAUUCGCGCCCGGGGACAAGAUCCAUUUUAAAGCGCCCCUUUUUCUUUUUUUCAACUCUCAAACCCAUUAUUUUCAUCAAUAAAAUAACAUCAAAGCACAUUUUGGCGCCCCAUCUCGCAGGCGCCCGGGGACAUCUGUCCCCCCGCCCCCUCACUACGCCUCUGUCUGGACAUCCCUCAUUAACUGACCACCCGCCUCUACAUGCCAAUGUCUUGAUUUAUUAUACUGAAUCACCGUCAAGGUCGCUGGACUCUCUACAAUGUCACAUAGCCCGCUGCCCCUGGCUGACGAAACCUCCGAAACAUCACAAACUUGAGCGAGUCUUUCCAUUAUUAAUUUCAUCAGUAAUUUAAUACUGCUACAAACUGCUAGCUGCAAGAAAUUUAAAAGAUGUCCACUUCUCUGGGUUGAAGUUGUCAGAAAAUGCCAGCAGUCUACUCGGCAGCUUUCUGUGCAGCAUGACGUCAGAGAUCACAUGUUGCCAGGUGUGACGUUGAAAUGUUUCGUUGUAUACAGUGACAUGAUUAAUCAUUAUGUUAUUUAUUUGACAUAUUAUGUUAUUUUACCUGUUUUGCUAUUUCAGAAUUCAGACUUGCUGAGCGCCGGUGAGCACAUUUUUAGAAUAAGGAAAACAAGACCAAAAUUAUUUUUAAUGAAACAAACUGUCGAGCUUUACAAGUCAAGCUUUGCAAGCCAUGCUUUACUGCUUCGAGUUUCACUGAUCAUGAGUCAUUGAAAAAACAACCACAUAAAUCUUCGAGGUUUUGUUCAGUUUUCUUUUUUUUUAAGAAGAGAUUUUUGUUAAAUUUCUGUUUUUAAAAAAAUCAAAACAUUUUUCUAACUGAAAUCAAGUUCCCCAUGGCGGCAACAACAUCGAAAAAUGCCUCAUUUCCGGUAACGACCAUUGAGUACCCGGCCUUGGCGCUCGUGUCCGAGUUUUUACGAGAGUCAGAUGACGUGGUGAGAUGCAACAAGAGCAGAAGUCAUCCGUCACAACUCGAGCCGUAUCACGAGAGUUUGGAGGUCACGUUCCCACAGAUCAGCGCCACCAAAUCGACGUCGUCCCUGACAGCUCCGGUCCCUGUCAGUGGAUACGGUCAGACCAGUGCCGGGAAACACCAAACAAAGAAUGAAGCUGAAAUCGCCGAUGAUCUCAUCUUUCACACUAGGCGGGGAUCCCUGGGCAACAACGGCUUUACGUCACUCACCGGAUGUGGGGGUCAAGGUCCCGGAAAGCGACGAGGUUCAAUAACAGACUCGAUAGACAGGUGAGAUAAAAGCAAAUAACAAGGUUAAGUGUUUUCUUGUCCAGCCAAAGUUAUGUGUGGUUUUGUCCAGCCAGAGCAAAAAUUAUGUGUUUUCUAUUCCAGCCAAAUUGUGUGUAUUCUUGUCCAGUACAAGUUAGGUUUGGUCUUGUCCAGCCAAAGCUAGACUUGGUCUAGUCCAGCCAAAGUUAGGUGUGGUCUUGCCCAGUCAAGGUUAUAUAUGGUCUAAUCCAGCCAGAGUUAGGCGUGGUCUAGUCUAGCCAGAGUUAGGCGUGGUCUAGUCCAUUUAAAGGUUAAUGGGGUUAGAUCUCAACUUAGACAUAUUUUCCUUUUAAAUUAAACGUUGUUAGGUAUUGGAAUUAUUAUUCUGGAACUUGGAGAGUUUCAGAAGUUUGGUCGUGUCAGAGUACAUUUGGGCACUGGCCCAGUAUUUAGUCGUGUCAGAGUACGUUUGGGCACUGGCCCAGUAUUUGGUCGUGUCAGAGUACGUUUGGGCACUGGUCCAGUAUUUGGUCGUGUCAGAGUACGUUUGGGCACUGGCCCAGUAUUUGGUCGUGUCAGAGUACAUAUGGGCACUGGCCCAUUAUUUGGUCGUGUCAGAGUACGUUUGGGCACUGGCCCAGUAUUUGGUCGUGUCAGAGUACGUAUGGGCACUGGCCCAGUAUUUGGUCGUGUCAGAGUACGUUUGGGCACUGGCCCAGUAUUUGGUCGUGUCAGAGUACAUAUGGGCACUGGCCCAGUAUUUGGUCGUGUCAGAGUACGUUUGGGCACUGGCCCAGUAUUUGGUCGUGUCAGAGUACGUUUGGGCACUGGCCCAGUAUUUGGUCGUGUCAGAGUACGUUUGGGCACUGGCCCAGUAUUUGGUCGUGUCAGAGUACGUUUGGGCACUGGCCCAGUAUUUGGUCGUGUCAGAGUACGUGUGGGCACUGGCCCAGUAUUUGGUCGUGUCAGAGUACGUUUGGGCACUGGCCCAGUAUUUGGUCGUGUCAGAGUACGUUUGGGCACUGGCCCAGUAUUUGGUCGUGUCAGAGUACGUGUGGGUACAAGCCCAAAAUUUUCUAUUUGUGUAACAUUUCCCCGCCCUACUACAAAAUGAUUUGUAUCUAAGUAACUUUGAGACUUUUUAGUUUUUACGUGAACCUCUAACGCCAGUAAAUAAUGAGAGAAAUGUUACACCCCUACCCAACGACUCCAACAUCCCCCCCCCCGAAUCAUCUACGUCUCGCUCGGGUUAGACAACAUUGUCGUAACUCCACAGAGCCACUGAAUAUUCCUAAAUUUAAACGUUAAAAGUCCAAUAAACUUUGAAGAAACAAGGUUAACACAGAGAUAAUAUUUGCGUUUCAGAGAAUUACGCAGCAUGUACAAAAACAGUGUGGAGGAGCGACGCUUGGUGAGUGCGUGCAACGAGCUGGACAGACAAUCGUUGUCAGAGUCAGUGGAGCACAGACACAGGAAAAUACAGGUGACACCCAGUACAUUUGACAGUUUUUUAGGGGACAUUGAGUACAUUUUACAGGUGACACCGAGUACAUUUUACAGGUGGCUCUGAGUACAUUUUACAGGUAGCACCGAGUACAUUUUUCAGGUAGCACUGAGUACAUUUUACAGGUGGCUCUGAGUACAUUUUACAGGUACACUGAGUAUAGUUUACAGGUGGCAUUGAGUACAUUUUACAGGUGGCAUUGAGUACAUUUUACAGGUGGCACUGAGUACAUUUUACAGGUGGCACUGAGUACAUUUUACAGGUGGCUCUGAGUACAUAUUACAGGUAGCACUGAGCACAUUUUACAGGUGGCUCUGAGUACAUUUUACAGGUAGCACUGAGUACAGUUUACAAGUGGCACUGAGUACAUUUUACAUGUGGGAUUGAGUACAUUUUACAGGUGGCAUUGAGUACAUUUUACAGGUGACAUUGAGUACAUUUUACAAGUGACACCGAGUACAUUUUACAGGUGGCACUGAGUACAUUUUACAGGUGACACCGACUAUUUUACAGGUGACACCAAGUACAAUUUACUCAGUAAAGUAUAAACUAUGAACUCAGCUUCUUGAUGACGUCUCCACGACCCACCAACCCGUAACUACUAACCACCAACCAUUAACCCAUAAGCACCAUCUCUGGCAUGGUUUUAAAAUACCAGUUAAACUGACCCUUAUAGUAUAGGAUAAAAACCUACUUUCUCCUACUCCUAGGUUAUAAGCAGGGACAUCAUUUGUGUAUUGCAAAAAAAAAAGGGGGGGGGGGCAUUUGGGGAGGGGGGAAUACCAGUUAAACUGACCCUUAUAGUAUAGGAUAAAAACCUACUUUCUCCUACUCCUAGGUUAUAAGCAGGGACAUCAUUUGUGUAUUGCAAAAAAAAAAGGGGGGGGGGGCAUUUGCGUAGGGGGGAUGUAGGUAGACUACAUCCUCGCGGUAUUCAGAGUUUGUCACUAUCGGAUGAACGGAGUGAUCUAGCGGGUAAAUAAGGCGUCAUGGGCGCUUUGAGAUAGGACGGCGCCAGGUCAAGCAAGUAGCGUAGCACAGAGGUGUAAUUUUGUACACUAUGCGAGCGCGGACCGGCAGCCAAUGCAGCUCUCUCAGAAGUGUUUUAGCAUGGUCAUAUUUGCGUUUGCGCAGAACAAUGCAGCCGCAUCUAGGAGCGUAGCCGGAAGACCCACCAUGAGAGCAUUGCAGUAGUCCAUGCGUGAUAGCACCUGAAAGUAAAUGAGGUGCCACAUAGUUUCACCUUAUCACCACAUGAAAGUAUCGGUACACGAGGUGCCACAUAUUUUUACCUUAUCACAUGAAAGUACAGGUACAUGAGGUGCCACAUAGUUUCACCUUAUCAUCGCCUGAAAGUACCGGUACAUGAGGUGCCACAUAGUUUUACCUUAUCAUCACCUGAAAGUACACGACGUUCCACAUAUUUUUACAUUAUCAUCACCUGAAAGUACCAGGACAUGAGGUGCCACAUAGUUUUACCUUAUCAUCACCUGAAAGUACCGGUACAUGAGGCACCACAUAUUUUUACCUUAUCAUCAUCUGAAAGUACACGAGGUGCCACAUAGUUUCCCCUUAUCAUCACCUGAAAGUACCGGUACAUGAGGUGCCACAUAUUUUUACCUUAUCAUCACCUGAAAGUACAAGAGGUGCCACAUAGUUUCACCUUAUCAUCACCUGAAAGUACAUGCGUAUUUUAAGGGUAUGGUCAAUGUUCCCUCUAAGGUUUGCUGGUUCGUGUGCAAAGUUUAACAGCAUCAAUUUUUGUGUGUGCAAAAUUUUACAGCCCACAAACAUAAGCACACACUUAUAUGGAAAUUUGCUGCGCGUCUGUUGGAUAGACGCCGCGCAGCUUAAAGGGAACAUUGGGUAUGGUAUAACUGAUUGAUGCUCAUCCAAAUAACAUAAAUUCUCACUUACAUAUCUUCUGUUGCACUGUGCACACCCAUUAAGUGUGCAGUGUGGUGCACUGUGCACACCCAUUAAGUGUGCAGUGUGGUGCACAGCUAAAUUCAGGUAUGCGCCAGAAAUUACCCCUGCAUCUUGAAACAAUCAACACAUUUCUGUAUAGGGGCUCAUUCUGUUUCCCGCCCAUUUUUCUUCCUCGGUCACUUUCAUUGGAUUUCCUCUAAGAGUUUGAGUGCUGGUUUCUGGUUUUAAUGUGUUUGCAAAUAUCGGGAAUAGGUGCUGGACAAACUUCAAUAACUGCCCUCAAAUUUUCCUCAACCAUUAAACUCAAACCCCCAACUACCGCGCACGCGAAUAAAUUUUGUUCAAAAUUCACACCACUUCAAAAUGAAUCAUUAUAAAUCACAUACUAUAAUAUAAGUUAAAAGUAUAAGGACGUAUUUAAUGUUUGUUACAUUUUCAAAUCCUUUUUCAGAUUUUCAAAGAGUACAAAAAUUUGAUCAAGCGAUUGCCCAGUGCCGAUGAAUGGUUGAGCCGACGGAAGUCUCGCACCGGGAUGUGGAAGGAACGAGAACGCGAAGACAUUGCCAAGAGGUACAGCAGGCGAUCACGUCAUUUCCGGGCGCCGAAUGAACUGAAGGACACUGUCGAUAAAAUAAGAUCAUUCGUCGCGUCAGAGCCCGGGGCCCCCCACAUUUCUGGGCCGGAACUCAACGACUCUAGUGAUGACGACGUUGAAGGUCUGCACGUCAAAAUGUCCUCGCUGAACAUGGCACGUCGCUUCACGAUUUCGUCCUUGAACUUGAACGCGCCCGCCUCGGAGCUGAAGAAAUUGAGCAACGGUCCGGCGACCGGCAAGAACCGACGAAUGACGGUGGGUGAUAUUGACAUGAUAUCAGGAGUUCUCAAACUGAGGUCGAUGUUUAAAACGAGAGUUUAUCUGGAUGACCUGAGUGCUGCUCGAAAUAAAUAUGUGGACGGAGGUCAGGAAGAAGUGCAGGGGACCAGGGGGGAUGAGCCUAUUUCGUUAAUAAAGAGAGACGAAGAAUGCUAAAUUCAACAUUAUCGAUAAAUGUAUAGAAGGCCGGAUAGUGGAGAGGCGUAGCUAAGGAGGUGGAGAGGGGACGGAUGUUCCCGGGAGCCAGACUAAUUGGGGCGCCAAAAUAGACUGGUGGUAUUUUAUCGAUGAAAAUAGUGGAUUUCAGAGUUGAGGGUGCGUAAAAAUGAAUCGUGUCCCCGAGUGCCAAACACACUAGAUACGACCCUGGUAUAUUGCAUUUUACUUUUACAAAAAGAAUAAUCAAUGUGGUAUUUAUUUUUAAUGUAAAUCACUAACAUGCAUUUAAUAACUUUAAUUAACUUUUUAGAUAGCGUAACUAAAAGGGUACGAUUUGCAAUUAGAUUUAUAGAUAAUGAUUAUUGUUUCUCCAUAUAAACUGCGCAGGGAAUUAGAUACAGCAUGAUCGGGUUAUGUAUGGGCAGUGGUAGAUCCAAAAAGAAGUAAGAUUAUUUUGUAAAAUUUAUUGAGUACCCGGUAUUCCUUUUGAUAUGUGACCGUAAUUAAAAUAGUGUUUUUCCCCUUCUCAUUUUAAUAGUUUUUCUUAACGUUGACUG